AUGCCCCUAGAGGUGAAUUCCGUCUCUGAUAUGCUACAGCUGGAGGUGCUGGACCUUGCGAAUCCCAGAGUUGAUGAACACAUCCACCACUACUUCCUGGGUCGUGCGCAGCUACCGAUUGAGCGCAUCAUUGCGGCGGUGCACAGAUCCAAGAAUCCGAGUCGUCCGCUGCAACUCCGGGAGAGUUUGGAAGGCUCACAAGCCCAGGCGCAGAUCGAUUUCGAAUGUACAUACGAGGCCUACGACACAGAUGCUGUCUCACCGGCGGGCAGCAGCCCUCAAAGGGAGAAGUAUCACUCGACGCUGUCUGCGAGCCCACACAGCUCGCCCGGCGGCAAGCCUAAACGGCAAACUUCUGACAUGGGCACCCUGGGAAUCCUUUCUGUUCGCAUCAUUGCUGCCUACAACUUGAUCAAUGCAGAUACUGGCAUAUUGGGUGACGUUUCGGACCCAUACACGACUGUGCGACUGGAGAGUCAAAGCGAGAAGCAGCGAAAACGGACGCAUACCAUCAACAACGAUCUGAAUCCCAAAUGGAAUUCGUCGCCCUUCCUCUUUCCGGUCCAGCAUGCGGAAGACCAGCUAAUACUGGAGGUCUACGAUGAGGAUAUGAUGGGCUCCGAUGACUUCUUGGGCCGCAUGAGGAUUCCCCUUUACCGCAUCAUCCAUGGCCGUGCCAACCAGCCUGUGAGAAUCCGAGACCAGCUCCAG